AUGUUCUCUACCUUGACCAUCACAGGCGUCGACAUUCCCAGCGCUAUCACACUAUCCAGAGAAGAAGACUUCCCGUCUCAUCAGUUUCAGUUCAGAGUGGGAGAGUGCAAGAGGAAGCCAACAUGGCGCUCAUCCCAAGUACCCGAGGGUACUGGCCAUUUGUCUUUGAGGCUAGGGGAACGCAUCUCGCGAGGGAGAAGUGCAGUAACGUACACGGUAGAAGUUAUAUCCUCUGAAUCUGGGGUGGCUGGGGCUGCACCAACACGUCCACUCCCCGUGGAUCAACAGCUAUGCAUCAAGGUAGCACGGUCCAACCGCUGUCGCACGCUGGCGCGAGAAGCAUGGUUUUACAACCAGCUCCGUGAUCGCACACCGUGGCGAAAACCGCGAGAGCCUGACCAGGCUGUUGCUGAUGAUGAAAAACAACUGCAGGGUGUCAUCGCUCCCCGCUUCUACGGCUUUUUUGCAGCCCCCAUAUCUCCGGGACUGGCGUCCUUUCCACCUUGGUCUAGUCAAGAUUUCGAGCUGAUGCAUGCACCGGACGUCGGCUUCGGUACUGUGGCGGAUGACCCAGACCAUGACGACCGUUUACCGGCUGACGGACCCCUUCCAGAACUGCGCAGCUUGAAUGGUGUGCAGUGUUUGGGAGGCAAAGAAUGCUCAAAGUGGGAUCAAUGGAGUCCCGACCCUAACGCGCCCCUCUUGACCGUCAUCGUCAUGGCGCGCGGAGGUUCUACCUACACAUACGACGAUCACUUGGAUGAAACUAUAGCAGAAGACGUUCGCGAGAUUCUGGACGACCUAUCUGAGGCUCUCAUCCUGCAUGGUGACUUGCGUCCCGCCAACCUGGUGCGCGCUCCUACCAGUACAGUGCUCUGCAAACGGCAUCAACGUAUUCAUCAAUGGAAUUUGAUCGACUUCGCCUGGUCCCUCCGCGACGACUAUGGCAACCUCAAACAGAAGCGGAAAGACGGCACAAAGCAGAGUAGAGAUGUCAUUAAGAGGCGAGUUGCUCGGAUAAGGCAUGUGGUUCAUGAAUUGCAACUAUUUGGUCUCGAACACCACAAUUUCGACUUCUGAGUGGUGAUUUAUAUAAAUAUGUAAC